AUAUUGCUUCAAAUUUGAAACUCCAGACUAGUUCGCAUGAAACGCUAGGGGCACGACUGUUUCUGAUGUCACAAAUCUGCACAGAGGGAUCAGCAACACAGGAGCGCGCUAGGUUUCUGUGGAGGAGAAGGGUUUGAACGUCAAGCUGUCACCAUCACCGGCGUUCUUUCCGGGCGCCCUCAACGCUCCUCCGCAUGCCGAGUCUCGAGAGGUUCUUUGCUCUUUCAUUCUAGCCACUUCAUAGAGCUUGGAGCUUUCAGUUUCUCGCCGCUUCCCUUUUCGAAGAAGUUAUAAGGCUCAUGCCGUUGCCGAUUCGAAGGGUUGGUUGUUGAAUAGGUCACGUUUGAAACAAGGUCUGCAAUACCUGGAGCCUUUCUACUUUGAACCACGCCCGCAGACUCGUUGCUUGGUCUGAGCGUUCCCGCUUCAAGUAGACAUGGGGAAGAAGAGGAAGGCCGAGACCUCGGGGAUGGAGGAGGUGGAGAAGGGGCUGUACUCGUCUUUCUGUGCGGCAGCCAACUCCAUCUCGCAGCUGUAUACCCAGGCGCAGAGUCAGCAGCGGCUCUCAUUUGCGGCUGGCCAGCGUCAUGCCAUGGAUCAAGUUUACCAAUGGGUGCUCCGGCAGCGGGAUGCAGGCGCCACGCAGCUGUCGGCCGAUCAACUCCUCAACUUUCUCCAGAGGGAACUAGACACGGGAGACAUUGCCGUCUCGCACUUCAGCCAGCAAGCGGCUGCAGCGACCGCCCCCGCGCCAGCAGCAUCCCCCCCCCCAGCAACUUCCAUCUCGCACCAUGCUCGGGUCCUGUCCUCCCACCAGGCUCAGGCUAGCGGCCAACCGCCUUUGCCGCAAACCAACUCACGGGGGGGUCACGCUUUCACCCCCCUAGACAGAAGCACGGAUCUGGCCCUCAUUGACAACAAAGCACAGAUGUUUGGAGGGACGAGCCCUCAGAGGCGAGUGUUGGGUUCAUUUGCGGGGCAGUGGACACAGGGUGGGGGGUACGACAGGGGCCGGGCGUCGGGGCCGCAACACCAGGGGGGGGCUGCACCUGGGAUGUUUGGGGCAGCGACGGCUGAGGUGCCUGGGGGUCUGGACGGGCAUCAGCAUAUGCCAAAUGGCGAACCCACCCAGGAACCAGAACAGCAGGGGGGUUACGGCGGGCCUGAUGACGACUUCAUGAUGUAAUGUAGCUGAACGGCAGCGUUUGCCGAGCAGGCCCUCAUUCUUUCUCUCGGAGACGGCUGAAGGGACGCCAUGUGAGGAGCAAUAAGCUGUAGCACAAUCGAAGUCGGAGCCUAGCGACCUGUUAGAGCGCACGCUAUAUGGGCGACCAGCGAACCAGCAUAUUGCUAGGAUUGCGUCCCAACUCAGGGACGUGCAUCCUGUUGUCAAGAAGGAAGGGCUUUGCUGUUCUCGAGCAAUCUGCUCGAUAGUUGCCUUUUCUUAGAGGGACAGGGGCUGAUAAGCAUGCUAACACGUCACACUGUUCAUCCGAGUAGAGAGGGUCAAGUAGUUUAGGGUAGUGGGUGUCCAUAUCAGCCCGUUAGCUGUGUCUACAACAGUCCGUGUUGCCACACAUAUUCUGGCUCUGUGUUCCAGAGAAGCUGAACUCUUGAUGCCAAGCACUCAAUCGACAAGUCUUGAAUCACGCGAUCUCCUACGACGAUCUUGGGACUGGAAAGCUCUGCAAAUGUAGUCUGUUUACACGGAAUGAGAAGUGAAGGUUCUCUCUCGAAGCACAUAUUGUCCUGCU